CACAUGUGCUGUCACUCAAGCAGCCCCGCAGUCAGUGGCCAGAGAGAGAGAGGGACGGAGAGACGGAGAGAGGUGCAGGGGUUCAGAUUUGAGACAUUUGGUUUCGUUGCCCACUACUGCCAAGAACCAUUAGGUUCUCCUGAAACGGGUUUAAAUCGAGGGCCAUUGUGACCAUUGUUGUACAGUACGUGUUGAGGUCCAUUGAGAAGAUAACACGCUGGCACAGGAGAUGGCAGCGAGGAGGUUGGCAGUGCUGUGUGUGCUGGUGGCUGGCCUUUGUCAGGUUUGGAGCAGCGGCCAAGUGGACCAGGAUGACCUGAACCAGACCGUCCUGUACCCAUGGCGACGAAAGAGCAGUGGGGGUCUGAGCCGGGUGAAGAGGGACUGGAUCAUCCCUCCAAUCAGGGUGUCUGAGAACAGCAAGCAGGUCCCCGAAAAUCUGGUUCAGAUCAAAUCAGACAAGGUUUUCACAGGGGAGGUGAUCUACAAGCUGGAGGGACCAGGCGUAGACCAGGACCCAAAGAAUCUUUUCGAGAUCGACGACAAGACUGGCUGGAUCCGGAGUAUGAUGCCCCUGGACAGAGAGAAAUACCGCAGCUUCACGCUCAAAGCCUUCGCCCUGUCGCCCAGUGGUGAGAGACUAGAGAAUCCUUCCACCAUUGAGAUUCUAGUGCUGGAUCAAAAUGACAACAGACCAAAGUUCUCCCAAAAGGAGUUUGCCGGGGCUGUUGCUGAAUUCUCUGUACCCGGCACUUCUGUGAUGUCUGUGACUGCGACUGAUGCUGACGACCCAACCACAGACAACGCUAUGCUGAGCUACUCCAUCAUUGGCCAGGAGAGUAUCCCGCCUCUUCGCAUCAACAAGACUAUGUUUGGCAUCAACAACGAGACAGGAGCCAUUUACACUCGAGAUGUGGGCAUAGACUGGGAGGUGGUUAAAGGUUUUAGAUUGAAAGUCCUGGUUGCUGACAUGUCAGGAAUGGGUUUGACGAGUGAAGCUCAUGCAAUCAUAAAUGUAAACGACAUCAACAACAAUCGACCUAGAUUCUCCCCUGACCAGUAUAUUAUGUCAGCUGUGGAGAACAAAGUAGGCUUUGUGAUUGGUUGGGUCAACGCCACAGACAAAGAUGAACCGGGGACAGGAAACUGGCAGGCCAAAUACACUAUCACCAAAGGCGACUCCUCUGGGAAUUUUGACAUCCACACUGACCCUGGGACCAACCAGGGUAUUCUGUCAGUGAUCAAGGCUCUGGAUUUUGAGUCCCAAACUGAGCAUACUCUGACCCUGACGGUGGAGAAUGUGAACCCCCUCAGCAUUAAGGCCCCCAACGACCCCAUGAGCAUCGCCACAGUAGUGGUGAACGUAGCGAAUGAGAACGAGGCGCCGCGCUUCAAUAAAGACCCCAUAGAGAUUGUGGUUCCAGAAUCAGUGGCCCCUGGCACCCUGCUGGCCAGUAACAUUGCCUAUGACCCUGAUAAUGCAAAGCUAAGGUAUGACAUACCUAGAGAUCCCGAGGGAUGGCUAAUCAUCGAUGCAGAGACCGGAGAAAUCAAGGCCAGGAGAUCGUUCAGUGUCCGCUCUCCUCACGUCAAGAACAACAUUUACACCGCAGUCAUCAGAGUCACAGACACCGACUCUGGGGGAAUCUCGACGACGGCGUCUCUGGUGAUCUCGUUGAGGGAGACCAAUGACUUCCCCCCUCAGCUGUUCCCCCUGAUGGGGACGGUGUGCAGUGAGGCAGGCCGGGGGACCCCUGGUCUGGUUCUGACUGCCGUGGACGAGGACCUAGCCCCCCACGCCGAACCGUUCACCUUUGACCUGCCCAUCGAGGUGUCUGCCAACUGGACCAUCAUGCAGGUUAACGAGACACACGCCAUGCUGCAUCCACUGGUCGAGCUGGAGACGGGGGAAUACGUGGUCACCGUGUUAGUGACUGACUCUGGCUCUCCGAGUCUCACAGCGUCCGCCCAGGUCAAUGUGAGCGUGUGUUCGUGCGGAAAGGACAGCGAUUGUAAGAGCGAAUCUGCCGCCGUAACCAGCAACCAAGUUGGUGUCAGCUUCAUCGCCUUGCUGGUGGUGAUGGCCAGCAUCGCCCUCCUGCUCAUGUUGCUGCUUCUGGCCGUAGCUGUGGGUAACUGCAGGCGCCACCACAUGAAGAAAGGACAGGGGCUUCUUGUGGGGGAGUCAGAUGAUGAUAUCCGUGACAACGUCCUGAACUACGAUGAGCAGGGUGGUGGAGAGGAGGAUGAGAAUGCUUUUAACAUUGACCUACUAAGGAACCCAGCGGAUGUGGGACCACUCCCAGCGUCUUUCUAUCCUCCCGUCACUGGCAUCCCCAGGGGAAACCAACCACUCAGGAGAGACUACCCAGACAACCUGCCCUCCCCUUCCUACCCACGGAAACCCCCAGCGGACCCCACAGACAUUGAAGACUUCAUCAACGAUGGCCUGGAGGUAGCAGACCAUGACCCCAAUGUGCCUCCCUAUGACACUGCUCUGAUCUAUGACUACGAGGGGGAUGGCUCUCUGGCAGGCAGCCUGAGCUCCAUCGCCUCGGCCAGCUCAGAUGGGGACCAGGACUACGAUUACCUCAACGACUGGGGUCCGCGCUUCAAGAAACUGGCCAACAUGUACGACCCACGCUAGGGACCCAAACCGCUCGCUCGGUGACCAGUACACUGUAGCUUUAUCCUCAAGUGCCAUCUAUCAUACUAAACUGUGCCUACUUCCCUAUUCUCAGCCAUAUAUCCUCUACAUUCUGUGUAGAGGUUGAACCUGAUAUCAUCCUCUAGGUCUAGAAUGAGCUGGGCGUUAGGGUGAUUGUCAGAAGCUUAGAGCCGUGCUUUGUCUUCCUUCUCAUGUUUCCUAUUGUCUCCUGCAGCACAUUAGUUCCAUUCUUUAAGUUCUUUGACACAAGCAAUUGUUCUUCCUCCACCCGUCCUGUCUUUGUGACUGUAAAGGUCAUGGCUGUCAUUUCGGGGCCCAUCCUAGGUAAUCUGAUAUUCUCCUGACAGUUCAUUGGCUUGAUGAGGCAACCACACAGAAUUCUGCAGCAUUUGAAUGGCUCACCUUGUUCUGAGUGGUGUCUGCAGAAUGGAGAUGGAAGGAAACAUGGCAGGGAAUACUAAUGUGAUGGCGCUUUAGUUUUCUGGUCAGUGAGCCACUGUUAGAAAGAUGACAAUGGCCUUGCCUUAGGUGUGUUGUCUCAGGAUAUCUCUUGAUAGCUUUUGGUUUGUGAUGUGGACAAAGAUGUGAGAGGAAUGUAGAUGAAGGUUAAUCAUGUUGUGGGAACUGUGAGAACAAAAAGGGCUAAGCAUGAAUGUCUGUGGGACUGGACCCGUCUGGUAUUUAGACAACGUAUGUGACCACUACAAUUGAAAACAUUGAUUUCCUGAUAUCUGUUCAUGUAUUUAACUUUUUUUUUUACAAGUAUUUUGUACAUAUGUUUUUGCAUUAAUCUUUACAUUUUGUUUACCUCCCCACCCCCUCUGAUACUCCUUAAUGAAGAUCUAUUCUGUGGUCCUCACAUACACGCACACGUUUCAUACUUUCCUUUUGUCCUCCCUUUGUUUUGUUCUUUUUUGUCAAUACUUCUAAAACAGGCAUGAUAAAUGCUCAAUCCCCUUUUUGUGUGAACCAAUGGGUUGAAUGGGACUUUUUUUUGAUUGACAUGUAUAAAUUAUUUACAAUUGUCAUUUUAUUGACCUUUACAUAAUAAAUAUAUUAAAAAGUUUCA